ACUGUAGUCAAGCAGAAGUUUGACAAGAUGAAGCUCAUCAUCCUGGCGGUGACGAUCUCCCUGGCAGUCCUUGCCAGUGGAUCGUAUGUUCCAAGCACCAAAUACGAAGUGAAAUAUGCUGACAAGGAUUUCCUGUUCAAGCAAAAGUUUUUCUUCGAAGUGCUCCGAAACAUUCACCUGCCGCUGAAGUAUGAGGAAUACAUGCAGUACACCAAGACCUGGGUCUCGGACGAGUCCAAGUACAUCGACUUCCCCCAGGUCGCCGAGUUCUUCGACUUUUUCAAGAGCGGUACGUUCCUGGAGAAGGGUGAGGUCUUCACCAUCUACAAUGAACUCUACCUGCGCCAGACCUACGCCCUGUUCAGCUUCCUGUACAACAGCGCCGACUUUGAGACGUACUACAAGAAUCUCAUCUGGGCUCGCGACAACGUCAACGAGGGCAUGUUCAUCUACGUCGUGCACCUUACCGUGAUGCACCGCACCGACCUUCAGGGCAUCGUCCUGCCGGCCAUCUAUGAGAUCUACCCGUACUACUUCUUCAACACCGACGUCCUCCGUUCCAUCAGCUACAAGAAGCUGUACGAUCCCAAGUUCGGUUUCUAUGGCAACGGCAAAUACAACGUCGUCUACGCCAACUACACCGCCACGUAUCCGACGGAUUACUACAACAACUUCUACAGCGAGGACAUCAUCAGCUAUUUCACUGAGGAUAUUGGUCUGAACUCGUUCUACUACUACUUCAUGAUGGACUAUCCGUUCUUCCUGGGCGGAGACAAGUUCGGACUGAUGAAGGAUCGUCGCGGAGAGCUGUACUGGUACAUGCACCAGACGCUGCUGGCUCGCUACAACCUGGAGCGUAUGUCGAACUAUAUGGGUACGGUCAAGCCGCUGGUGUGGCGCUUCCCACUCAAGACCGGGUACUUCUCGCUGCUCAGCUACUGGAACGGAACGCCGUUCAAGAGCCGUGACUACAACUACAUGGUCACCGACGAGUUCUACUACAAGCUGGACUGGAUCAACAGCUGGGAGACGAAGAUCCGCAAGAUUAUUGAAGAUGGAUACUACUUUAUGCAGGAUGGAUCGCGCAUCAAUCUCCGCCUACCGGAAUCGAUCGACUUCUUCGGAAACCUGCUCAGUGCCAACGUCGACGGUGUCGAAGCCAACUACAUCGGAUUCAUUGAGGUGUUCUCGCGCCUGCUGCUUUCCGGAAACGAUUACAACGCCUACAAGGUUUGGCCCUCGGCGCUGAUGCAGUUCGAGACCAGCCUGCGCGAUCCGGUCUUCUACCAGCUGUACGAGCGCUUCAUGGAUCUGUACUACUACUUCAAGCGUUUCCUGCCCAGCUACACGUACGACGAGCUCAACUUCAACGGUGUCAUCAUCAAGGACGUCACCUUCGAUAAGCUUGUGACCUACUUCGACUUCUUCGAUUCGGAUGUCUCCAACGUUCUGCCGAUGCAAACGACCGACAAGUACUUCGAUUACAGCGUGUUCGCUCGCCAGCGUCGUCUCAACCACAAGCAGUUCGGCUACACGAUGAACGUCAUGUCGGAAUACACCGGAAAGGCCAUCGUGCGCAUGUUCCUCGGACCGAAGUUCGAUCGCCUCUACGACCUGCAGUACUACAAGAAGUACUUCGUGGAGAUGGACCAGUACCUGGUUGACUUCACCGCCGGCAAAAACACCUUCGUGCGCAACUCACGCGACUUCUUCUGGAGCGUCAAGGAUCGCACCAUGUACACCGAACUAUACAAGAAGAUCAUGCUCAGCUUCAACGGACAGGAGAAAUUCGCCCUCGACAUGUCGGAGGCCCACUGCGGAUUCCCGGAUCGUCUGAUCUUGCCAAAGGGCUGGACCAACGGUAUGCCAAUGCAGUUCUACUUCAUCAUCACCCCGUACACUGCCAAGACCUACGAGCAAGGAUACCUCUACGAAAAGACCUUCUCUUGCGGCGUCGGAUCCGGCAUGCGCUACUACGACAGCCUACCGUUCGGCUAUCCGUUCGAUCGUGUCAUCAACUUCAGCUACUUCUACACCAAGAACAUGUACUUCAAGGACGUGUUCAUCUACCACAGCGACGACUACAAAGUGAACCAGACUUACUAACAGGAUUUUGCGACUCUGAAAUGACUGAAAUGAUUCAAUAAAACAACUAAGCAGCAAAUUGGGAAAAACUCAAAACAUUUUCU